AGCCUUCAAGGAGCCUUCAGACAAAACACAACCAGCCGGGAGGUGUUGCAUUUUCUCCCGUCAUCCACGACCUCAGAGACACUUGAAACCACAGCAGCGCUUGUUCCAGGGCUCUGUUAUCAGCUCUCAGAGAAUUCUCCCUCUCUCUCUCUCCAGCUCUGUGGGUGCAUUUCUGGGGCUCAAAGAACUUAAGGAGAAGCUUUGACUGAAAAAAAGUGAAUUUCACUUUUUUUGGGACGACAUGGCACAUUCUGAGAAGGAGCCAAUCAUCGAGUUGUUCAUUAAGGCUGGACAUGAUGGUGAGAACGUGGGGAACUGCCCCUUCUGUCAGAGGCUCUUCAUGGUUCUAUGGCUGAAAGGAGUCAAGUUUACAGUGACCACUGUUGAUAUGAGGAAGAAGCCAGCUGAGCUCAAAGAACUGGCCCCCGGGACCAACCCUCCUUUCCUGCUCUACAACGGCACCCUCAAAACAGACUUUAUCAAAAUUGAGGAGUUUCUUGAACAAACAGUGGUCCCUCCCAGGUAUCCUCAUCUCAGCCCGCUGAACAAAGAGUCCUUUGACGUGGGUGCUGACAUUUUUGCAAAGUUCUCCGCUUUCAUCAAGAACAGUCCCAACAACGCCUUCCACGAGAAAAACCUGCUGCGGGAGUUCAAGCGCCUGGACAACUACCUGAUCUCUCCCCUCCCUGAGGAGAUCGACCACAACUCCAGAGAAACCAUCACCAUCUCCAAGAGGAAGUUUCUGGACGGCGACCGCCUCACCUUAGCGGACUGCAACCUGCUGCCCAAACUGCAUGUUAUCAGGGUUGCUGCCAAGAAGUACUGCGACUUCGACAUUCCCGCAGAGCUCACAGGCGUGUGGAGAUACCUUCAAAACGCCUACCAGAGAGAGGAGUUCAAACAGACGUGUCCAGCCGACAUUGAGAUCGAGAAAGCCUACUUCAGCGUGGCCAACAAGAGGAAAUAAAACCUUCUGGAUUGUCUGUAAUUAAAUGUCCUGUUUUCACUCAGUGUAACUGUGCAUGUAAAGAUGGUGAUCUGCAGAGGGCGCUGCAGCCUACUAGAAUAAACUGUGACAAUGAAUCAGACACAAUUCCACCUGAAAAAGACCUUCACCUGUUGUUGCUGUAAAACUUUGGGACAUGCUGAAGCACAAUGUUUUAUUGGUUGUAUGUAUUGACUGUUUAUCCUUAGUCACUCACAGACAGAUGGUACCUUCAUGCCACGUUAAAAAAGGCCAAAUGUACAAUUGAUGUUUUUGUUUAUAGUGUAAAUAGAUAUUUUUCCAGGCUUUUUAUGAUCAAAACACCCUCAUUAAAAAAAAAAAAUAAAUAUAUAUAUAUAUAUACAUAUAUAUAUAUAUGAUUGUGUUAGUGUGAGCAACUGCAGACACCUUCACAAACAGUUAAUUUCUUUGCAAAGCAUUACAUACACUUCUGUAUCUGAUAUGAUUCAAUCUUCUCACUGUCACACUAAUAAAGGAUAUAAAAUCUA